AUGCCAAGCAUGAAACAAAUUAUUCGACCACAAGGGGCCCAAUUGAACCGAGGCAGCGCAGGCGUCUUCCUCCUAGUCACCUAUCACACCAUGACAAAGAGCUCAAUUGGCAAUUUGUUUGAUGAGAGCACAUUCCUGCGUUUGCACCGCAGCGAACGCAUACAAAAGCAAGUAUCCAAGAGCCACAAAUAUCCACAAGUCUGCCAUGUUUGA